UCAUACUUGGCCCUCAAAAACGGUCUGUGAAGCACCACAUAACGUAGCGCCGGCUACAUAUGCCCUACUUUCGUCCUAUCCCCCAUCCGUCUUGUCGAAGUUACCAUUACUAUGGAACUCUCCUCACAAAAUGGCCACACGAUCAUGUCAAACAAGCUAGCAAGUACGCAUCUCUUGCGGAAACCCUUUAGUGUCAGAAACUUGACUCUUGCCUCCAAUCCAGCACACUCAAUACGAAACUCCUGCAUAUCGCGGGGUCAUGUGAGCCGACUGUUUGGAAGUGGCUUCGCACUAUUCCGCUCCCGCCGACCUGAGAUGAACAAAGGGCCUACAGUUCGAGGCGAGCGCAAGUUCUUCGGUUUGAUUCAGCCCAUGAAUGAUAUUUCCGGUAAAAACACUUCAUGGAAAGUGGUGUGGACUAGGGUCAUGCCAGAGCGAGGAUCUUGUAUUCCCGAGAUGGAUAAGAUGCAAGACAGAAUUGAUGAGUAUACUGAGCUUAUCGAACGGAAAGAUAAGAAUGAGAUUCAGCCCGGCCGACUCGUAUGGCGGAGUUGUUAGGCGCGCUUGGUAUUGCACUUGUUGCGGUGGGCGACGAGAGUAGAUGGUUCCAUUUCCGCUACAACUUGUGCUAGUUGCUACUAAACACACGACUGUGAAACGGGCUUUAUCGCAGAGCCAGAUGACCACCAAAAAGUCUUCCUCGCGUAUCCAAGGCUGGCGGAAGCAACGUCGCCUGCUGUCAUCUUCACCAAUUUGACGGACAUUGAACGGUUACUAGGACGAUGUCCAAACCGGAGGACUGCGGACUCAUGGGUCGGACAGCAUUGGACGGGGGUGUUUUCCGAUAAUACCAGUGUCAGAUUCGGCAUUAGGGUUUGAAGUACUGUACUGUGAAUUCUAUGGGUCUGAUUUGUUUAAGUUGUCAAUUUCAUAUGCAAACUAAAUCGAGCUCAGAUGAGUUGCUAAGGCGUAUGAAAGACACUACAAUCAUCACGC